AUGGCGGCGCGCGAGCUCUGGUGGCUAUGGGCGACGCUCGCCGCCGUCUCGCUCCUCCUCUACUACCUGAUGACCAACCAACGCCGCCGCUGGGGCUCGCGCUCCGGACGGCGGCGCCCGUCGGGCCCCAGCCCUCUCCCGCUCAUCGGCAACCUCCUGGACCUGCGCGAGGGCAACCUCCCCCACACGCUAGCGCGCCUAGCCCGCGCGCACGGCGCCCCCGUCAUGCGCAUGCGCCUCGACCUGGGCCUCGUCCCGGCCGUGCCUCGCGGCGACGCGCGCCGUCCGGGAGCGCAAGAUGCAGGACCUGGUGGCGUACCUCCGCGGACGCGCCGGGCGGGAGGUGGACGUCAAGGAGGCCGAGUACGGCGGCGUCAUCAACCUCGUGUCGAGCUCGCUGUUCUCAUCGACGUCGUCGACGUGGGCGCUGAGUCGGCCCAUGGGUUGCAGGAGCUCGUGGAGGAGCUCAUCGAGUGCAUCGCCAAGCCUAACGUGUCCCACUUCUUCCCCUUCCUCAGGCCGCUCGACCUCCAGGGAUGGCGGCGUUGGGUGGCCGGGCACCUCAGCGAUGGCCGAGCUACUCCGCAACCCGGUAUCAUGGCCAAACUAUGCGCCGAGAUCAAGGGCGCCGUCGGCGACAAGAAGGAAGCCAUCGACGAGGACGACGUGGCGGGCCUGCCGUACCUCCAGGCCAUCGUGAAGGAGGCCAUGCGGCUCCACCCGGUGGCGCCCGUGAUGCUGCCGCACAAGGCCGUGGAGGACGGAGUCGAGAUCGGCGGCUACGCGUUCGAGUUCAUCCCGUUCGGGUCCGGCCACCGGUUGUGCCCCGGCAUACCCGUGGCGGAGCAGGUCGUGCCGCUGAUCCUGGCGUCGCUGGUGCACGCGUUUGAGUGGCAGCUGCCGGACGGCAUGUCGGCAGAGCAGGUGGACGUGAGCGAGAAGUUCACCACCGCCAAUGUUUUGGCCUUCCCACUUAAAGCCGUGCCUGUGAUCAUUACCUAG